AUGGUUGAGGAUCCGAAGAGAAAGCCGCUCAUUGUUCUUGCUGUCCUCUUGCUGCUCAGCUCAGCACAAGCAGGGAAUACAGACUCACUCUCAGGGCAUCGCUGCACUGACUUCCAGACAGCAAAUUUCCUACGGGGCAGUAAACUUAAGGUCCAAUUUCUCCUGUUCACCUCCUCAAGCCCCAGCUGUGGGGAGCUGAUUUUAGCUGACAAUGGCAUCAAGAACUCCAGCUUCAACAGCAGCCUGGAAACCAAGAUCAUAAUCCAUGGCUUCAGGGCUUUGGGUACCAAACCUUCCUGGAUUGAAGGGCUUGUCCAUGCCAUACUGCACACAAGCCAGGUGAACGUGAUCGCAGUAGACUGGGUUUAUGGGUCUACAGGAGCCUAUCCCUCCGCAGUAGAAAAUGUCACACAGCUGGCCCUCUCCAUCUCACAAGUCAUCAGCAAGCUCCUGGCCCUGGGAGUCUCAGGGACAUCCAUCCACAUCAUUGGGGUAAGCCUCGGUGCGCAUGUCGGGGGCCUGGUGGGGCACUUCCAUGGUGGUCAGCUGGGACGGAUAACAGGCCUGGAUCCCGCAGGCCCCAAGUACACCAGAGCUAGCCCUGAGGAACGCCUGGAUCCUGGGGAUGCCCUCUUCGUGGAAGCCAUUCAUACCGAUGCUGACAAUUUCGGGAUCCGGAUUCCUGUAGGCCACAUCGAUUAUUUCAUCAAUGGAGGCAAAGAUCAGCCAGGAUGCCCCCGAUUCAUCUCUGCAGGCUAUAAGUAUCUGAUUUGCGAUCACAUGAGGGCAGUACAUCUCUAUGUCAGUGCCUUGAAACAUUCCUGUCCGAUCAUGGCGUUCCCCUGUGCAAGUCAUCAAGAUUUUUUAAACGGUCGUUGCCUGGACUGUGUUGACCCCUUCCUGUUCUCCUGUCCCAGAAUAGGCCUGCUGGAGCAGGCAGGUGUCAGCGUGAGAAAGCUGCCCAAGGAAGUGAAAGUUUAUUUAAUGACCAGUCCCUCAGCCCCAUUCUGUGUCCAUCACAGCCUGGUUGAGUUCCACUUGCAGAAGAAAAGAAACACAGUCACCAGCAUUGAGAUCACUUUCUGCAGCAACAGCACCAAGGACACAGCGAAGAUCACCAUACCUAAGCACCAGGAGAUGGGCAAACGGCUGCUGGCCCACAGAGUUCCCCUCUGCCAGAUAAACAGCGUGACACUGAAGUAUCUCUCCAAGAAUCAAUUUUGGAGGAAGGAUGAGUCAUUCAUUGUCGGCAAGUUCUGUGCAGCCCCGCUGCCUCUUGAUAGCAACAGGACAAUGUCAUGCCUGCCCUGGGACCUCACCCUCCCCGGCAACACAGACAUCUCCUAUGAGCUGCCUACUGCUUGUGCCUAG